AUGCAGCCAGCUCCUCUCCGGCUCGCGCAAUGUAUACGAGUUGCCUUCAGGGUUUCGAAGGCUCGGCCGCAUUCGCCAGUACUGAGAACAGAAUUCCAUCGAGUUCCAGGAAAGAAUCGACCCAGUCGUGCGAUUCGACUGCACGCAGAAGCUCGAUGUUACAGUCAGUAUUCAGAUACGAAAAAAGAUCUGGACCAGAAUGGAAAGGGAGAAAAGCUCAGCUCGUCGACCGACUUGCCUUCUAAAUCUAAAGAUGAAUCUUCUGCUGCCCCUGCUCCACCUUCGUCCAAACGCCGAAGCGAGCUACCCUCGCACACCGAAUCUCGUCGCACCGACCUCUCCAGGCGCGCUUCACAUCUCAUGGACAGCCUUCAAGCCAAUAUCUUCACCGCCUCACAACGACUGAACGACUUGACCGGCUAUUCCGGCAUCGAAGCACUCAAAAAAUCCAUUGAGAACCAAGAAGAACUCGUCUCCACAACCAGACAAGGUGUGAAAGCCGCUCGUGCGGCCUACACAACCGCCGUGGCUACAAGAUCCGACACGCAGCGCGAAGUCAAUGAUCUGCUACAACGAAAACACAGCUGGAGUCCUUCGGAUCUGGAGCGCUUCACCAGUCUCUAUAGGAGUGAUCAUGCAAACGAACAGGCGGAGCAGCGAGCACAUGAUGAGCUGGUGCAACGUGAGAAGGCGGCCGAGGAGGCGAGUAAUGCGCUGGCAAAAUCAAUAUUGGCGCGGUAUCAUGAGGAGCAGAUAUGGAGUGAUAAAAUCCGGCAGAUGAGUACCUGGGGGACGUGGGGGCUAAUGGGUGUGAACAUACUUUUAUUCCUCAUCUUUCAGGUGGCGAUCGAGCCAUGGAGGAGAAAGAGGCUGGUCAAGGGAUUCGAGGAGAAGGUCAUGGAGGCGCUUGAAAAAGAGAAAAUAGAUGUCACCUCUUCACCAGCAUUAGCAGCCGCGUCCGGGGACAGAGUCAGCACAACGGAUGCAGCACCAGCAGCACCAGCAGCACCAGCAGCAACAGGGCCAGAUGUCCUCGCCGAGGUAGUGGACCAAGCCAAGCUGGCCGCAGCAAUCAGUAUGGUCGACGCCGUUGCACCUGCCGCAUCAGGCAACUCAUCAGCCAUUGAGACGGCAAUCGAAGUCAUUGAUGCCGCUGAAGCCAUUGAGGCAGCCAAGAACGAUAAUGGCGACCCUGUUCCUAUCGAAGAUCUACUCCCUGUGCAAGCUGUGUUUGGUGAGCCCAGAACCGGGUUCGCUUACUACCAAGACGCCUUCCGAGAACUGUUCAGCGAGAAGAAGGUCAUCAUGACGCAGCGGGAUGUUACGACGGCGGUGCUGGAGGGUGCGGCGGGAGGUGCGGCAUUGAUGGGCUUGCUGCUUGUGCUACUACGGCCACGGUAG